AUGGCGAGCUCCGACUCCAAACGUCCUGUCGUCUGCGUCUUCUGCGGCUCCGUGGAAGGUACAAACCCCGCACACAUGGAAACCGCCCGCCGCCUAGCCCACAUCUUCCACCAGAACAACAUCCAGCUCGUCUACGGCGGCGGCACAAAGGGCCUCAUGGGCGAGAUUGCCCGUACACUAGUUACACUCUCAGGUCCCGAGUCCGUGCACGGCGUCAUCCCGCGGGCUCUUGUACGCGUUGAACCAGGCUACAAUAACAAGGGCGGCGAUAACGCUCAAGAGACGCAGUCUGGAUCUACAUCUGCCGGUGGCGGGGGCAAGGAAGCCGAGCGCAUUAUCACCGAUCCAAGCGCGCAGUCAACGUCGGAAUACGGGAUCACCACGAUCGUGCCGGAUAUGCAUACGCGGAAGCGGCUCAUGGCGCAGAAGGUGCGGGAGGGCGGGCCUGGGUCCGGGUUUGUUUCGCUGGCUGGUGGGUUUGGUACGAUUGAGGAGGUUAUGGAGAUGACGACGUGGAAUCAGUUGGGUAUUCAUCAUCUGGGGGUUGUGCUGUUGAAUGUGGGCGGGUAUUGGGAUGGGUUGUUGGCUUGGGUGCGCAAUGCGGUCAAGGAGGGGUACAUCUCCGAGCAGAAUGGGAGGAUUCUAGUGGAGGCGAAGAGUGUUGAGGAGGUUUGGCCGAAGCUGGUCCAGUAUCAAAUCAGCGACGGGAGGAUGGAGCUGAAUUGGGGGGAGGAGUAG